ACUUAAACAGAGAAUAACGAACAAAAAUCUCAGAAUAGUAAAUCUCCAAGGAAAACAACAGAAAACUUAAUUUCUCAACUUCUUUUUUAAAGUUAACCAUAUAUUUUUAAAAUAUAUAUACAAAAUAAUACCAAUAGAAAUAUGAACAUUUAUUGAUUUAUUAAUACGAUUCCUUAUUCGAUUUAUAAUUAGUUAAUUAUAGAAGUAAUAUCUAAUAAUUAAAGCUGCUCAUUUUUUAAACAUAUUACAGAAGACCUCCUUUUCAAUGAGGGAGAGUAAAUUUGUAGUUUUAGGGGCGGGAGGAGUCGGAAAAACAAGUCUUGUUGUUCGUUUCUUAGAUGAUGUCUUCAGUAGUACUUACAAGCCCACAGUGGAAGAUUGCUACCAACACACGAUACAGCUUCCAGAUGGUAUUUCUCAUACAGUGGAAAUCUUAGACACAGCUGGGUCUCAUCACUUUCCAGCUAUGCGGGAGCUUAGUAUCCGAUCAGGAAGAGGUUUUCUUUUAGUCUACUCUGUUGACAGUCUGCAGUCAUUUAGAGAAGCCAUUCAACUUUGGGAACUUAUAAACAAUAUCAGAGGAUCUCAAGUUCCCGUGGUAUUGGUUGGCAACAAGUCUGACCUCGAAGCUCAUCGGCAGGUUUCCCAUCAGACGGCGGAGAAGACAGCUACAGAGACAAUGAGUGGCUGCCGUUUCUUCGAAGCUUCCGCUAAAUGCGACAUCAAUGUCAAAGAGGUUUUUCUGGAACUCUUGCAGUUAGCGCGCAGCAUAGAAGAGGCUCAAGAAGCUUUGCUGGAAGAGCAGGAUUUGUUUAGGAGAAAGAGUCGAAGGCUAUCCAAGAGACUGAGUAGAAAGCUCAGUGUCUUCAACAACAUGGCUUUUAAUCUGAAAAAAUCGUCACCGAGUAAACCGAGUAUUCCACUGGAACCCGAAAUCCAGAAAAGCGCUAAAAAUCUCAAAGAAAAUCAGAAAUGUGUAUUACUUUAAUGAUAAUGUUUGCAAGGGAGUGUGCUCAAUCUGUAUUCAAAUAUUUCAUACGUUUUAAAGCAUUUUCUUAUGCACAAAAA